AUGUACAAGGAAUGUGUCUAUAAAAGGGAAAGCCGAAAGGAGUAUGAAGCACACCAAACCAACAUGGCUUCUUUGAACUUUACUUUAGCCACCCCCACCACCUCUUCCUCCCCGUUCUUUUCACAAACAACCACCAAACAACGACGGUUGAAGACACAUGGUAAGCAAACCCAUCGCUUCCAAGUCUCACGCAACGUCUCAUCAAAUAACCAUGAAAAACCACUCACCACAAACCCUCAACCACAAAAACUUAUACUACCACAAACAUCACUCGACUUGCAGAACGUCGACAGAAGGAAUUUGCUCCUGGGUCUCGGCGGAGUCUACAGCACCGUCAGCUUGUCCGGUCUGCCACCGGCCUUUGCAGAAGCUAUCAAGGCUCCGUUCAAUCAGCCUGAUCGACCAUGCAAAGAUGCCGUAUCCGGCUUCGACAGCAUUAAUAAAAAGCUACUUAGACCUAUUGACUGUUGCCCUCUGUCCAAAAAUGUCCCGGAGAGUGAUUUCAAGUUCCCUGAUGAAUCAAGCCAAACUCGAAUCAGAUAUCCACUACACAAACUUCCACUCGGGUAUCUAGAUAAAUAUAUGGAUGCGAUUCAGAAAAUGAGGGAUCUCCCAGACAGCGACCCACGCAGUUUCAAUAACCAAGCUAAAGUUCAUUGCGCUUACUGCAAUGGCAGUUACACACAAAAUAAUAAAGAACUCCAGAUUCACAACUCCUGGCUCUUCUUUCCCUUCCAUCGUUGGUACCUUUAUUUCUACGAGAGGAUACUGGGAGAUCUCAUUGGUGAUCAGACAUUCGGGUUACCCUACUGGAACUGGGACAACCCUGAAGGAAUGACAAUUCCACACUUCUUCGUAGAGAAACAGUGUAACAACUACAAGGUCGAAAACGGAGAAAACCCUCUGUAUGAUGUGUAUCGGGACAAAAGUCACAUCAGGCAGAUGAUGCGCAACGCCUUUGAUGCAACAAGCUUCUUCGGUGGCAAAUAUGUAGCUGGUGAUGAGCCCAUUCCCCGAGGAGAUAAUGUAGUUGGAUCCGUGGAGGCUGGUUGUCAUACGGCUGUUCAUAGAUGGGUUGGGAACCCUGAUCCAAAUGGGAAUAAGGAGGACAUGGGCAACUUCUACUCUGCGGGGUAUGAUCCUUUGUUCUACGUCCACCAUUCUAAUGUGGACCGAAUGUGGACUCUUUGGAAGCAAAUGGGAGGCAAAGAACCGACAGAUACUGACUGGGAAGACGCGUCAUACGUGUUUUACGAUGAGAAACAAAAUCCCCUACGUGUCUACAACAAACAAUCGGUGGAUUUGAGCAAGCUUAAAUACGAAUACCACAGCUCAGCCACUCCAUGGACGGAUAGACCACCAAGAUCACGCUGCAACAGACCCGAUUACCCGAAGAGAAACAACACAAAGGACUUCCCAUAUCAGAAGGACCCGCCAGAAAAGUUGACAUUAACCGACACUGUGAGGCUUCGAGUAAAGAGGCCUCCUGCUUCUAAAAACAGGAACGCUGAGCAAAAGAAAAGUGAAAAAGAGAUCUUGUGCUUCAUUGGAAUCAGUUUCGAUUGUACAGAGUCUGCAAAAUUUGACGUGUUUGUGAAUGAUUGUGACGAAGAACAGAUCACCCCGUGUGAUAGUGAGAAUGUGGGUUCUUUCGCGGCUGUUCCACAUGCUAAAGGCAUGGCAAUGGGUUGCAAGUCUGGGAUGAGGUUUUCGUUAACAGAGUUGUUGGAGGAAACAAAAGCUGAGGGGGAUGAGUUUAUUCGGGUGACAAUUGUGCCGAGGACACCCGGCAAGAAUGUCACCAUUGAUGCUAUCGAGAUCCGGUUGAUUCCAGUUCUUUAA